UAAAGACUCGUCGUGUCUAGUUGUGUAACUGUGGAAUCCAGCAGCUGCACACAUAGACUGGAGGAAAACAUGGCGGCCGGCUAUGCGUGGUUUCUUGUGCUAGGCUCGGUUUUUCUUUGCAAUCUCAUGAAAACACUUCUGCCGAGCAUCUCGUCUUUCCUUUCAAAGAUGGUGCAAAAAGAUGCUGAACAGGAGAGUGAGAUGAGGGCCGAAAUCCAGGAAAUGAAGAAGGAGCAAUCUUCCAUCAGCAUGAUGGAUGAGUUUGCAAGAUAUGCCAGACUGGAACGUAAAAUCAACAAGAUGACAGAUAAGCUGAAAACACACGUCAAAUCAAGAACAGCACAACAAGCCAAAAUGAAAUGGGUAGUCAACAUUGUGUUUUACAUACUGCAGGCUGCCCUUAUGAUAUCCUUAAUAUGGAAGUAUUACUCUGAUCCAGUGACGGUGGUCCCCAGUAGAUGGAUUGCUCCUGUGGAGCGCCUAGUGGCUUUCCCUACCGGAGUCGCAGGUGGAGUGGGAAUCACAUGCUGGUUGGUGGUUUGCAACAAAGUGGUUACUCUGGGACUGCAUGCUGUCAGUUAGUGUCAGUGAAUAAUAGUAGUGUAACAGUAAUCACAACACAUUCUCUUGCUAACUUAUUUAAUUUUCUUGUUGAAAGCUAUGAUUCUCUUCCAUUACCUUAUUUGCUGCUACAGGUCUAUUUGAUACAGUAUAUGUACAAUAUAGUAAUCAGAUGUUGAAUUUUGUUUAUGUUCAGUUGUAGAGAUAAUCCCCUUUGUGUUGUUUCAUUAUGUCAUGAUUUGAAAAUUCCUUUUUAAUAAAAGUUUACAAAAGCA